AGGGGAGGCGGGAAAGCCUUGACGUCGCUGCCCGGGACGCGGACCGGGGCCGCCGGGGGUGGGGGCGGCUGCCUGCGCGCCCCCCUCCCCAAAAUCCCCACCUGCCGGCCGCGCGCCGCCGCUGCCACCGGGCAAAGUCUCUCCGAGAGCGAGAAGGGGGAUCAGAGCAGUCCCCCCCGUGUCCCCUUCUUUUCCCCUUAUCCAGGCUGAGCGCAGCCAAGGGGCACACCUGACCGUCCUCCGCCCCCUUCCCGGGGCGCAGAAGGAGGGGAUGUGAGGGGACCUGCCACCCUGACCGGACUGGGGGUGACACGCCCAAAUGGCCAAGUGGCUGCGGGACUACCUGAGCUUUGGCGGUCGGAGGCCGCCCCCGCAGCCUCCCACCCCCGACUACUCCGAGAGCGACAUCCUCAGGGCCUACCGCGAGCAGAAGGAUCUGGACUUCGAGGACCCCUAUGAGGACGCCGAUUGCCGCCUGGAGCCGGACCCCGCGGGCGCCGGGGACCCCAAGGAGCCCAAGGGCCCCGGGGACGCCAAGUACGACUCCCCCAAGCACCGGCUCAUCAAGGUGGAGGUGGCCGACAUGGCUAAGGCCAAGGCCUUGCUGCUGGGCAGCUCGGGGGAGGAGCUGGAAGCCGACACAGAAUAUUCAGACCCCUUAGAUGCCCAGCCCCACCUACCACCCUCGGACGAUGGUUACAUGGAGCCCUAUGACGCUCAGCGGGCUGUGAAUGAUCUGCCGUGCAGGGGGGUGCAGCUCUAUGACACCCCCUAUGAGGAGCAGGACCAGGAGCCAGAGGACGGGCCCCUUUCUGGGCAGAGACCUCGACAGAGCCGGCUGCCCAGGGAGGACGAACGGCCGGCGGAUGAGUAUGAUCAGCCCUGGGAAUGGAAGAAAGACCACAUCUCCAGGGCGUUUGCAGUACAGUUUGACAGUCCGGAGUGGGAAAGGACUCCAGGCUCAGCCAAGGAGCUCCGGAGACCCCUUCCCAGAAGCCCCCAGUCCGCGGAGCGGGUGGACACGGCCCUGCCCCUGGAGAAACAGCCGUGGUUUCACGGCCCCCUGAGCCGGGCGGCUGCCGAAAACCUCCUGUCUCUCUGCAAGGAAGGCAGCUACCUCGUGCGGCUCAGCGAGACCAGCCCCCAGGACUGCUCUCUGUCCGUCAGGAGCAGCCAGGGCUCCCUGCACCUGAAGUUUGCACAGACCCGAGACAACCAGUUUGUGCUGGGUCAACACAGCGGCCCCUUCGCCAGCGUGCCCGAGCUCAUCCUCCAUUACAGCGCCCACCCACUGCCCGUGCAGGGCGCCGAGCACCUGGCCCUGCUGUACCCCGUCUUCACGCAGACCCCCUGACCCGAGCUCCCUGCACCGUGCAGGUCCUUUGCUGAAGAAGGACCAGAAGGACAGAAGGCCUUAGAUCGGAGCCACUAGCUCUGCCCCUGCCCAGCUCUUGGGGUCCAGAACUGUGUCUCAAACCCACCCCUGCCCUGGAAAAUAAAUAAGUUA